AUGUCGCCGCUGGAGGAGAAAAAGAAAAAGGAACCGACGGCUACGGCCGACAAGGAGACUGAGGCCAGCGAGUCCGAAGAGGAGGACUCGGACCAGACAGUCCCUGACCCCCCCCCGGAAGCGGCCAACGCGCCACCAACGACGGCGACCGCAAAGGCAGGAACACCUGCGGAAGGGCUCUCUCGCCCCAGCACCCCGGAGCGGGGCCCCGAGAAGCACCGCCCCAGCACUCCGGAGCGGGGCCCCGGGAAGCACCGACACAGAACCCCGGAGCGGGGCAGGAGAAAGACCACACCGGAGCGGUACCACCGCGACAGGAGACCCGAGAGGGGCCCGGAGCGGAAGCCGCGGGACAGGCGCAGCCAGCGGUGCUUGUCCUGGAGGUUGUACGCCAGAGGAGGCCGUUCUUGGCGCGAGUGCGAGCACCUAGCAACGCAGCGCCACGCCGACUGGCAACGAGGCGACGCCUCAGAGAGCGACUGUGAAAGCUUGCUUGAGGACUUGCUCUCCGGGGGCAGAGGCCACAGUCCGCAGCGCAGACGUGGUCCUGGCAGGCCUUUCAAGGAAGGCAAAGGCAGGGAGAAGGUAAGCGUCAAAACCGAGCAGCACGAAGACGAGGAGCUACCCAAGGGAAAGAAGCGUGCUGCAAAGAAGACAGAAGAGAAGAAAAAGAAGAAGAAAAAAAGGAAGUCUCCCAGCUUGUCUCCUGCCAAGCCAGAACAGUUCCGGGAUCCAAGAGAUCCUCCGGACCCCUCGGACGACGCUGCGAAGCAGAAGCUCUUGACGGCGAUGUGGGAAACCACAAUGACAGUCGUCCUCCGGGGGCGAUGCUGGAAAGAUCUCGUUUGCUCUCCUGCUCUUGCGGCGCGGCGGCGCAUGUCGCCCAAGAACUUCGUGUUUCCUGCUGGAACGCAAACAAGCAGCAUCAUCUAUGAUAUGCUACAAAGCCUGGAGCGUCUUCGUAUAUCGAAGAAAGAUGCCGCAGUGCAGCUUGCAGCACUGCAGCGCGUGCUGGACUGCUAUGCGGCAGCACAGCAGAAAGAGAGCCACAAACGCUACUUGGUUUGGAUGUCUACCACGGUGACAGCACUGGAGUGCCUGCUGCAAGGAGUGGAUGCGACGAGAUGCCUGCAGGGCCCCCCAGCCGAGGAGCUGGAGCCGUAUCUGGAUCUUCGCAUUCCGGAAGAUACAGAGUGCACAGACAUAGCUUUGUGUAUGGAACUGCUGGGCAGCACCCAGUGCUUCCUAGGCAGCGAUGCUUUCGCUUGCUAUCGUUGGUUCGAAAACCACAUCCUGCACCAGCACCCGCAAGGGAUAGCGAAGGUGGUGAAGGUGGUAGGCUUCCUCUGGAUGGCGGAAACUCUACAGCUGGAAGUAGCUCAGCAGGAGCCGGCAGCGCGAGGCAAGUGCCACGACUGCGACCAAGAGUUCGACACCGCAGAACUGCUCGGACGCUGGUCCAAGAAGCAGUGCAAGAAGUGCAAAAGCUUGAGUCUCAAACUCUGGCGGCACCUGGGGGCUUGGGACUCUUUCGCCAAGUUUGACGAGAAGGAGCGCGUGCAGUUCUUUCGCAAGUCCAACGGCUGCGCCGAGUGGGCCACGGUCCAAAGCAACUUCACGGAGAGCCUGACACGUCAGCGGGUCUCAGAGACACGCUGCGAAACCGGAGGCAGCUACCUCCCUGCCAGCGUGCUGCUUACUCAGGGGUACACGCAGGACGUCAUUGACGCCUGCUCUGACACGGAAGACAACCCCAAACUGGGGGGGAAAACGUACCGUUUGUCAGUUCACUCCGAGUACACCACCGAGGUGGAGCGCACUGUCCGAGAGGAAGUUCUGAAGCGCAUCAAAGAGAUCGCGCAGAACAAAAGUAAGAAGGUUCCUAAGGACUGGGACGUGCAGGCAGGCCAGCCGGGCCAGCAGAAGAAGGACAAAGAGGCCAACACGGAGCGGCAGAACAAGGCCACCGUGAGCCUGGCCAAGAACGCCCUGCCCCUGCUGAGUGCGACGUGGUGCGCCUUAACCGCCGCCACUGCAACAGGCACGCCAGAAGGUUUGGACGAGGCCACCAGGAGUCAGGUGCCGGAGUUCCUGAAGAAGCUUGGGGACUGGAAGCAGGCGUGUGAAAAGACCCUGGCGGAGAAAGAAAACACCGCCGAGCCUCUGCAGACCCUGCCCUUCGGCAAGGAAGAGUGGAAGCCGACCUGCAAGGCUGCAAACGAAGUUGUGAAGGGGGUGAAGGUCUGCAAGGCCGAGAACGCCCGAGGCAAGCGCGAAGCCAGGGCCGCCGCAAAGCGCGAAGCCGACCUGCUCAACCCCGGCUGCUUCAACAGCGGUGCGGCUGGCAACGGCAAAGCUGUCUACGACGACUCGGACACCGAAGCCGCAGAAAGAGCGGAAGAGAGAAGUGUGCUGGACUGCGUCAGAAACGUAAGCCAGAGGGAGACUGCACGAGUCGUCAUGCGAAACGAAGAGAAGGCGCCAGGACACAGGGAUUGUGAUCGCUACAGAGAGGUGUAUCCGAUGCUGAGUAGCAUCCAGGUUGCAGAAAAGGGCACAGACAAGAUCCUGCAACUCCCGGUGCUGAAAUUAGACUUGGCCCUUCAGGCCAGAUGCCGGAAACUCAGAGGCUUGGCCGAUCUGUUGGCUCACCACAUGCGCAAAGAAGCUGUGGAAGGGCUUGAUGGCAUCUUGUAUGUAGACGAAGCAGUACCAGGCAACGUCCUGCGACCUGACAACAACAGGAAAGGAUACCUGGCACACUUCUCCUGGACAGCCUUGGGGCGAGGCCUUGCCCAAAGCAGCUCUUGGGUUACCGUAGGUUUUGUGCGUCACAAAACCAUCGACCGCGUGAGUGGUGGCUUGGCUUCUUACAUGCAUGCGCUGGCCAUGUUCUUAGAAGACUGCUUGACUGGAGUGCCUCUAGAAGACUCCUGCAAUGUUCCUUAUCUUCUGCGAGCAAGGAAGGUCUACCUGCUAGGAGAUGAAGGUGCGCUGAAAGCUACGGUUGGCAGCAAGGGCGCCAGCGGCAUGCGUCCCUGCCUGAAAUGCCAGAAUGCAGUGUCCAAGCAGCAUCGGCAAGCCGUGUCCUUGGUCUGCAUAGAUGAGCCCGACGUGGCAAAGUUUCAGCCUAUGCGGCAAGACAGAUUAGACGCCAUCAUGCAACACCUGCGAACUGCCACAAGCAGUGCUGAAUAUGAAAGAGAUUGCAAGUUACUGGGCUGGUACCUGAUACCAAGAAGCCUCAGCUCCUCUCCAGGAAGUCUGGUCAAUGUCAUUGACAGCGUGUACGACCCCAUGCACUGCUUGUGGUCGAAUGGAGUCGUCAAUGUUGAGGUUGGGCUUUUCCUCGAAAGAGCCGCUGCUCAAGGACUCCAGAAAACCAUGCUGGAAAGGCUUGCCGCCCUCGCAUGGAAAUGCGGGGCGAACAGCUCCGCACAAGCAGUGCUGGAUCAGAGACUGCUGGUCUUCGGGGCAGACUACAAAGGUAGCGCUACCCAGUGUGCCUUACUCCUGCCUCUGCUCACGUACUUCGCUGAAACAGUGUUUGGAGAUUGCGAAAGCUUGGCCCAAGAGAUCAA